AUGGCGCAGAUAGCGGAGUUGAAAACGCGACGUCUUCAAGAUUACGGCUUCCAUCUCGAGUACCGAACGAGAUGGAGCGACAACGACAUGUACGACCACAUGAACAACAGCGUGUAUUACUUCCUCUUCGACAGCAUCGUCAACACAUACCUCAUGACGCAUUGCAAACUAGACCCACCGACAUCGCCUCUGAUCGGGCUGGUUGUACAUUCGCACUGUGAUUACCUAGCUCCUGUAGGAUUUCCCGCUCUGAUAGAUCUCGGACUACGAGUCAAGAAGCUCGGGAAGAGCAGUGUUACUUACGAGAUUGGCGUUUUUGAGAGGGGUGUCGAGGAAGUAAAAGCUGUGGGCGAAUUUGUGCAUGUGUUUGUGGAUCGAGAGAGUAGGAGGCCGAGAGCAGAGGGCAUGACUGCGACUAUGAAGGAGCAGUUGGGGUCUCUGGCAGACAGCAAGGCCAAGCUAUAA